CAAAAAUAUAAAGUUAAUUACGAUUCUGCCAUCUCUUUGAAUAAGGAAGAGAGAGCCUGAGGAAAGAGAGUAAAAGAGAGAGAGAAUACGAUGAAGAUAGAGAGAGCUAGGGGCCGGCCACCGAUCCUUACUGCGGAUUCACGGUGACGCACAGGCAGUCACAUCACAACCUAGCUUGUAUACUACAUCAACUCGCUAACCAGAGUCGAGGGUUCCAUCAGUGAUGUCAGUUUGGUGGUAACGGUGGUUCUAUUCCCAUGGUCCAGGUGGUGUACGAGGUCGACGGGAGGCGGCGACAGAAACUGGAACUAGAUCUUCCGCCUAAUUAUAACCCUAAUUCGACCACAGUAUGCAAAACCUGUAAAUCAAUCUCCCUAACCAGACCCCAACUUCCGGUGUCGGAUACUUCUUCAGUUCUGCCACCGAUUGAUGAAAAUCAAAAUCAUCCUCGCGUUUGAUGAAUAGAGGCGAUGGCGGAGUACGCCGGGCUUAAAGAAAGUCUGCCUGUCAACUUCCGACCGCCACCGCAAAUGUCACGGCCACCGUCACCGAUGCCAUACCUUUCUCAACUUUAGUUGCUAUUCAGUUUUAUACCUAACGCGGUGGUAGGAGGACUUGGGGUUGAUCUUCUACGAAGACUCAAGUUCGAUCCCCAUUUGAUGCAAAAAUGGAGUGAGGUGAGGGGGUUUUACACAAGCCACUAGUUGUGUGGUUUCCUCCUAGGACGGGUCGUGCGUUUAACUUUCGAUCCUAAUUAUAUUCACUACAGUAUGCGUUUAACAUCGGGUGGAUUUUUUUUACGACUGGCUUGACAUCGGGUGGAUUGAAGGGCCGGAUAAUACCGUCCUAAAUGGAUGUACUAUGGUUUUGAACCCAGGUCUCCUUUUAAUAAUUGAAGUUUGGUGUGAAAUGCCAACCAGUUGCUAUACUUCUUAAAAAACAUAUCUUAUAUAAAACAUGGGUUAAGUUCACGUACAAAGUGUCUUAUCGUACAAAGCGUACAAAAGACAUGAAAAAACCAAAAAAUCGCGGUAGCAUUUUCGUAAUUAUUUGCUCGUAGGGUAAUCAUCAAAAUUACUCUAAAAAUGAUCUUAUAGAGUAAUUUUGAUCUUAUAGGUAAUUAUCAAAAUUACUCUACAAGUGUAUCAAAAUUACUCUGCAUCAAAAUUACUCUACAAGUGUAUCAAAAUUAAUCUGCAAGUUUACCAAACAACAUACAAUUCAAAAUUACUCUACAAAAUUAUUUGUAGAGUUAUUAUGAUACUCUACAAAAUUACCUUACAAAAUCAAAAUUAACGUACAGGAUCAUUUUUAGAGUAAUUAUGAUACUCUACAAAAUUACUCUACAAGAUCAAAAUUACCCUACGAGAUCAUUUGUAGAGUAAUUUUGAUAAUUACUGUACGUGUAAAUAAUUAUAAAAAUAUCACCGCGUUCUUUUUUACAUUUUCACCUUAUUCGUAUGUUUUGUAUAAUAAAGGUAUUUGUAUUUGAUAUUUUGUUAAUAAAAUAUUACCGAAGUUAUUACUCAAUAAAUUAAUAUAGCAUUUUGCAUGACAGAGAGGUCAUUAAAUAAUCGUAAGACCAUUGGGUGUGGGGAUCGGCAGAGGGCCGUCCCACCCCUUUAGCCUCGUCAAACACCGCCCUCUUGGGGCCCGGUACGGUUUAUCCGUCUGAAUUUGGACGUUGGAGACGGGCCAGCUUUUUGAAUGGGGUGGGCCCUGAAACGGUAACUUGCAACAUUUAAAAAAAAAAUUACCCCACCACUAUAAAUUCAACCCCUUUUCACCCCACUUUUUUACCAAACUACUCCCACUUUUCUCCCAUUUUUAUAAAAAAAAACCUCUCCCAACCUUUAAAAAAAUUAUGGAUCCCUACAACCCAAAUAAUCCCAACUCAAGUUCACACCCGUUUUCGUCAUCCGGCUACACACCCGUAAUGGACAACGCUUUUGCGGGUUACCAACAAAUGCCAAACGCUUUCAACCAAUACCUGUUCAACCCAAUGCAAAUGCAACAACCCAACAUGCCGUUCAACCCAUAUCAAAUGCAACAACCCAACAUGCCGUUCAACCCAUAUCAAAUGCAACAACCCAACAUGCCACAAGCACCUCAAACACAAAUCGAGGAACAAGAUGAUGAGAUACAGGUUGUGCCAGAAACACAACCUGAACCUUCAAAAAAGAAAAAUAAAAAGGGAAAGGGUAAAAAGGAAGACGCACCGGGCAAACAAAUGCAACAAUGGACAAAAAUUGAGGAAGAGGCGUUGGCGAAAGCAUAUAUUAACUCUUCAACGUCUCCUAUAGUCGGUAACAAUCAACUAAGUGAUUCGUUUUGGCAAGAAGCCCUUGAUAUAUUCCACGGGCUUAUGGAACAAGGCGAGUACAGAACCAUUGAUUCUAUCAGCUCGAAGAAUACGUUGAUCAACCGCUUCUGUGGGUUUUAUAACACAACGCGCGCCAACAAACCGAGUGGGUGGAACCACGAAAAUGUUUUCAAUGAAGCGGUGCGUUUAUACGAAAAUGAGAGCAAAGCUCCUUUCCCACAUGUCCGUGCUUGGCUAGUUGUAAAGGAUCACCCAAAAUGGAAGGGAUGUCAAAAUGAGGUUGCACAAGCAAAACGAGCAACGAAACGGUCUAAAACUUCCGAGUCAGGAAGUUAUAGCGUUGGAGGCUCAACCGGUCGUUGCCAAAUAAAUAUCAACGACGAGCCCGACUAUGAGGAGGAGCCGAUUGAAGAUGGAGAACGUCCCCGAGGAAGGGACAAAAGUAAAAAAAUAGCGGUUGAAAAAAGGAAACAAGCCGCAUCAGGAAGUGGUGGUGGUUCGAGGUUGGAAGGUGUUAUGGCGGAGUUAAAAUCAUUCAAGGAAAUCUUGAACGACAGGCAAACCGAGAAGGUAAAUAUUAAAGAAAAACUAGCCGAGGAGAAGCUAAAAAAGCAACAAGAAGCGCAGGAGUUGGAGGAAUGGAAAAUAAUGACCAUCGACCUUAGCUCCUAUCCACCGGAAGACCGUCCCAUUUUACAAAUGAUGAAGGACAAAAUUAGGAAAAAAUGGAGUGGGGGGGGGUGUAGUUUUUUUUUUUAAAUGUAACU